AUGCCGCGUCAACGCAAAAUUAUAAUAAUUCAACUGAUAAUCUUGAUAUGGGGAUUUUUCGACAAGGCAAUCAAUUCCAAAAAAAGGGCACCAACACCGACUAUAACGUCAACUCAACCGUGGAAGGAUGCUGCAAGCAGAAAUGUUGAAAUAUCAAAGAAGAGAAAAAGCGAGAAGCUGCCAGCUGGAUACACAGGAACACUGGAGGAAAAAUUAAAGGUUGAAAAGUUUUUUGCUGAUGCUCGGAAUAAUCUCAUGAACCCUAAUAAGAAUGGGGAAAAACUCGAGCUUGAAAAGUUUUAUGCUACUGCUUGGAAUAACCUCAUGAACUCUGGUAAGAAUGAGGAAACAAAUCAAGAGACCACUGGUCAAAAAGAAGAGUAAUCUCAUAUUGAGUCCUAGUUUUAAGCUCAGUGCAACCCUAUGUUUUGAAGAUCUUUUACCAUCAAGAACUUGUUCUAAAUGUUGGUUUCUUAUUUAAGUAUUAAGAACUUAUGUUUUGUUUGUCUCUUUUCCUUUUAU